CAGUAGCGAGCAGCACCGUAGUUUGCGUGAUCGUGAAGUCUGAGCCGACGAAGCAAAGUCAAGUAGCAAAGAUGGCGGUAUCGGUGUUUCCCUGUGUGCGGUUGCGGUCCAUCGGGGACGCGAACGGAGAGAUCCAGCGACACUCCGAGCAACAGCCCCUGAGGUUGGAGGUUAAAAGCACCCCAGACACGGCUCUCCUAAAUCUCUCCAAUAGCGAUGAGACAUCAGUCUUCAAGUGUUCGUUGUCCAGGGAAACGGAAUGCAGUCGCGUGGGGAAACAGUCAUUCAUCAUCACACUGGGCUGCAACAGUGUCCUGCUACAGUUCUCCACACCUGCAGAGUUUACUUCCUUCUAUAACAUUCUGAAGAGUUGCCGGGGCCACAAUGCAGAACACUCCGUCUUCAGUGACAGGACAGAAGAGUCCUCUGCCGUGCAAUACUUUCAGUUCUAUGGCUAUCUCUCUCAGCAGCAGAACAUGAUGCAGGACUAUGUUCGGACCGGAACCUACCAACGUGCCAUCCUUCAGAACCACGCUGACUUUAAGGACAAGGUGGUGUUAGAUGUGGGCUGUGGUUCAGGUAUUCUGUCGUUCUUUGCGGCGCAGGCCGGAGCCAGGAAGGUCUACGCUGUGGAGGCUAGCACCAUGGCCCAGCACGCAGAGGUGCUGGUAAACUCCAACGGAAUGGGGGAUCGUGUGGUGGUGAUAGCAGGGAAGGUGGAGGAGAUCUCUCUACCAGAGCAGGUGGACAUCAUCAUCUCUGAACCCAUGGGAUACAUGCUCUUCAACGAGAGAAUGCUGGAGAGUUACCUACACGCCAAGAAGUUCCUCAAACCCAACGGUAACAUGUUCCCCACUCUAGGUGACGUCCACCUGGCUCCCUUCACAGACGAACAGUUAUACAUGGAACAGUUUACCAAGGCCAACUUCUGGUAUCAGCCAUCGUUCCAUGGUGUUGAUCUGUCAUCACUGAGAGAAGCUGCAGUAGACGAGUAUUUCAGACAACCCAUUGUGGACACCUUUGAUAUCCGUAUCCUCAUGUCCAAGUCUGUCAAAUACACUGUCAACUUCCUGGACGCGAAGGAGGGGGAUCUGCACAGGAUGGAGAUUCCCUUCAAGUUCCACAUGAUGACGUCAGGUCUGGUCCAUGGUCUGGCCUUCUGGUUUGACGUGGCUUUCAUCGGCUCAGCGGUAACAGUGUGGCUCUCCACCUCUCCUACGGAGCCUCUGACCCACUGGUACCAGGUCCGCUGUCUGCUCCAGUCCCCUCUCUUCACCAAGGCAGGAGACACCCUGUCUGGUACUGCAACGCUCAUCGCUAACAAGAGACAGAGCUAUGACAUCAGUAUGGUGGCCCAGGUGGACCAGACAGGAAGCAAGUCUAGCAACCUGCUGGAUCUCAAGAACCCCUUCUUCAGGUACACAGGCAGCACGUCAGCCCCGCCCCCAGGCUCUCACUACUCCUCCCCCUCAGAGAACAUGUGGAGCAAUGGAGGAGUCUACAACAUGAACCAGGGAGGGAUGCCUGCUGUGUAUGACCUCAGUACGGUCAUCGGUGGCGGGGGCUCCACCGUGUCUCACAACAAUCUCAUCCCUCUUGUGAACACAGGGGUAGUGAACCAUACAUCUUCUAGAGUUGGGUCUAUCAUGAGUACAGGCGUGGGCCAGGGAGUGACAACUGGACAAUCGGGGCCCGGCAACAGUCCUCAAUACCCAAUCAACAACAGCCAGUUCACCAUGGGCGGGCCUUCCAUCUCCAUGUCGUCUCCCAUGGCAAUGCCUAGCAACACUAUGCACUAUGGGAGCUAAGACCUACCAACCGUCCGUAGCUCCCCCUCUUCCCUCCCAUCCCCCUCUUCUCUCUCUCCCUCCCACCCCCCCUCCUGGAAGGAAACCAAACUGGACUGAUAAUAUGGGCGUGCCUCUCCUCCCUUCACCCCUCCGUUCUCUGGUUCCUGAUGUCUCCGGCCCAGUCCAGAAACAUCUGACAGGGCUGUCAAAUGUCCAGGUUCUCCAUUCUGGUUGGAGGAUUUCUGAUGUCCUACUUGUUCUGUCUGGGUUGCAACCCGUUGAUGGUUUUAGUAGUUGCCUAAACACAUCCCCUUGAUCUCAACACAUUCUGAGGCAGUGUGAAAGGUGUGUGCUCGUAACCAUUCUGUUUUAUGUAUUCACAACCCACAUAGAAACAUUUAGAAGGAUCUUAUGUACUUACUGUGGCUAUGGGGGUUUAGAAACGUACACACACAGUUGUAUUAUACACACACACACACAGUUGUAUUAUACACACACACACACACACACACACAGUU